AUUCAAACUUCAUUUUCUGAAAGGUUUCAACAGAGAAUUUGGGUUCAGAGUAACUGAUUUGGUGGGAAAAUUGGAGGUAUAGAUCUUCAGAAAUCCGUUUCUAUAAGCUGGUUUCUUAUAUAUUCAAGAACUUUAAGUAGCCCUUUUUUGUGCUCUUACAAGUUCUUGCGUUCUUCUUAUUUGUUUUUUGUUGUUCUUGUUCUGGAGAUUUUCCGAGUGCAAAAUAUCCUGUCCUUUUUUGUCCUCUUUUAGUUCCCCUCUUCACUUUUCGCCACUUCUCAAUAACUCAAAAAGGCCAGCAAACAAAUCAAUCGAAAUUUCAACGCAAUUCUUCUUUCAUAUAACAAACAAAUCCAUCAAAAAAUCACUCAAUUACCACAAGUUUUUAGUUUCCAUUCUACUAUUAUCUCAUCAUUCUCAAGCUCAAAAUUCACUUUUGAGUUACGCGACAAGUAUUGUAAGUGAUAGAGUGACCUAGCUGGCACGGUCCACUGAGAUUCAGUUCUUUGUCGCUCCAAUUCAUAAAAAAAGAAAAAAUCACAAACCCUUUUCAUUGAAGCUGAAUCAUUAUGCAAGACCCAUCGUUUUAUCCACAAAUGAAACCUCAAUUCCCAGAACAAGAACACUUAAAAUGUCCAAGAUGUGAUUCACCAAACACAAAAUUCUGUUAUUACAACAAUUACAACCUUUCUCAGCCACGUCACUAUUGCAAAAGCUGUAAAAGGUAUUGGACUAAAGGCGGUACUCUUCGUAACAUUCCAGUUGGUGGCGGGUCCCGUAAAAACACAAAACGAUCAAGUAAAAAAAACACCUCAACGACGUCGUUUAAUGUUUCUUCAUCUUCAUCAACAAAUAAUCCAAAAACAGAGCCUUUUGGUAUACCGGCAAUUCCUACCGGGCCAUUUAGUUCACUGUUGGUGUCAAACGAGGGGCAAUUUGGGAAUUUUCUGGAAGCUUUGAAGCCCAAUAAUAAUAAUUCAAGUUCGGGCUUGGGUUCGGGCUCGGGCUCGGGCUCGGGCUUAGAUGCUAACCAACAAAAUGGGAAUAAUGCAUAUUUGGGUGUUCAGAAUGGUGGAGAUUCUAAUAAUUUUUGGCCUGAUCUCGCAAUUUACACCCCAGGUUUAAAUUUCCAGUGAAUUGGAAAUGCUAAAAGAAUGUUAAGAGGUAGUAUUAGUAUUAGUAUAUAUUUAUUUAAGAGAAGGUAUUUAACUUUUAAACCUUUGUUUUAUUUUAUUUUUAUUAACAUUCUUUCUUGAGUGUUGUGACUGAUUGCACUCUAGUAGGAAGUAUUAGUACGUAAUUUACUUGUGGAGAAUGUGAUGAAGUGUUGUGUUAUGUGCAAUGUCCCCCGUUCACACGGUUAAUAUACUCGUUUUCAAUAAUGGCAAUAUAAUGCAUGUUCAAAAUGUGUGUUAUUUGAUA